GGAACAACAAACAAAUGUCUGACCAUUACGUUGCCAAAUUUUCUUGGGAUUGGAGCUUGUACAAAGUCGUACAGCAACCUCUGCACUCCGGGAAGUGUUGGAAUCACUGGGUUGGUUCAGCGAAUUUUAGAGUGCUUCGUGAACGGAAUGCUGAAUUUUGACCUCCCAACGCAAAUAUACCUCUUCAUAGAAUUUCUCAAGGAAGUCUUGCAGGAAACAGAUCCUAUUCCAGAGGUCCUCGGGGGCCUUUGUGAAACACUUUCCUCUGUUACUGACGUCAUUGGAAUAGACCUCGACUGCAAUUUGCUGCAAUUAGACACUCAGGCUCUGUGUGAAGACAAGAUCAAGUUAACGGUGCCCGCUACUCUGAAUCUAACAGAGUGUUUUGGCCAAGUACCAUUUACAUGCAUCAGGGGAAAAGUUUUGACGGAACCAUUGCUGAAAGGAUUUACCGUAUUGGUAGCGUGCCUAACGCGUACCGUUAUAAACCUGGGCUUAGAUGGGUCGCUGCAAGAAUUGGUCUGCUAUAUUGCAGAACUUCCAUUCAUCUUGUUUGGGAAGCACACAAGUGAUCUCGGAAGUUUGACCAACAGCCUUGUCCUCGCUCUUCAACAAAGCUUCGGCAUUCAUUGCAGCGUGUCGAACCAGAGAAAAUAAAGAAUU